AUGGUUGUGGUUGCUGGUACUGCAUUUGAGGCGGCUGGUUCGGAGGUGGAUAGUGAUGCGUAUUCUGGGGCGAAUUUGUCGCUGGAGGCUGGUGUCCGGCAGGAAAAGAUCGCGGCCGGCCACCAUAAUACUCUCGCUCCGCUGCCGUCUCUAACGGCAUAUGUCGGGGAGCAUUUAAGGACUGCGCUUGAGGCGACGCGGAUGCAUAUGGUUUUAGAGGGGGCAUCGCGGAUGGUGCUGGUGGUGGAUUCCGACCGUAUCCGUAACUUUGAUCUGAUUCUCUCCGAAUAUGAGACGGUGGCGGCGGCGGGAGGGGGAGGGCGCGAUAGACUAGAUUGA